AUGGACGAAGUCGACGAUUGUGAGGAAGGUGAGGGGUGGUCCGAGAUGAUCAAGGCUAUCGACGCUCCCGAAGCACCUCUAGGGCGACUCUCGGCUGCCCUGAGCAUCAUCCAGUCCAAAUUCCAACCGAGAAGAGGCAUCAAGAAGGUCGCAUCAACCCUUUCAUGGCCCUUCAAUGAGAACGAGGUCGAUAAGUUGCUUGCAGCGAUAGAGCGUGAAAAGGCUCUGCUAGGGCUGGUACUGAACGUCGACUGCCUGCAACUGAUCCGGGAGAUCAGAAAGACGGCUAAAGACAACCAAAGGCAACUUGAGGAGCUUCUCAAAGCUGUCAAGAGGAGUGGCGAUGAAAACGAGACCUCGUUGCGAGAGAUUUCCGGAGGUCUGCGGCGUGUUGAGGAGUCGCAGAACGGUCUCGGAGAUCAGUUACGCGGGCUGCAGAUUCGUCACGACGAUCAUGACGCCGCAAUCAAGCGCAAAGCCAUCCUUGACUGGCUGACACCCGUAGAUUAUGCUAUCCCGCAGAGUACUUUUGUCAACCGGCAGCAAAAGGGCACUGGGACAUGGCUCCUGAAAUCGGACGAGUUCAAAGGAUGGAUCAAGGAUGGGAGCACUCUUUUCUGUCCAGGUAUCCCUGGAGCGGGGAAAACCAUCAUAACAUCAAUUGUAGUGCAAGAUCUCGUUACACGCUCCAGGGAUGACAACGACACAGCCAUCGCCUAUAUCUAUCUCGACUAUCUACGCCGGCACGAGCAGAAAGUCGAAGAUUUGCUCACAAAUAUCUUGAAGCAGCUAAGCGAUUAUCAAUCCUCGAUGCCGAGUGAACUUGAUGAGCUCUAUAAGAAGCACACUAGCAUUGGUAGGAGAACGCGGCCGUCAUUUCAGGAGAUUUCGAAUGUACUCCAGUGUGUUACUGCGUUAUACCCCAGAACCUUCAUUGUCAUCGACGCACUCGACGAGUGCGACGACUCUGACGGCUCUCGAUCCCGACUCCUCCAUGAACUCAAGAACCUCCAACAAAAGUCUGGCGCAAAACUCUUUGCGACCUCGAGGCAUAUCCCCGACAUUGUUGCAGAGUUUCAGGGAUGCGCCACUCUGGAGAUCCGGGCGGCUGACCAAGAUAUCCUCGCCUAUUUGGAAGGUCGUUCCUUGGAGCUACCAAAAUGCGCAUCGCGCAGCCCCAGCUUGAAGGAAGAGAUCAAGCAAGGCAUCCUUCGAGCCGCCGACGGAAUGUUUCUUCUUGCACAACUCAACUUUGACUCCCUCAAAGGGAAGAAAUCAGCAACGGCCGUCCGCACCGCAUUGAAAGACCUGCCGGCAGGUUCGCAGGCAUACCACCGCGCCUACGAUGUUGCCAUGGAGCGAAUCGAGGGGCAGCUUGCCGACCAGGCCGAGAUCGCAAAACAGGUCCUCUCGUGGAUCACUUUUGCGAAAAAGCCACUGCGGCCAGAGGAGCUUGAGGAUGCCAUCGCCGUAAUUGAUGGACAAAGGAUCUUCGACUUUGAAAACAUCUGCCCAGUGGAAGAUCUCAUCUCGACGUGCGCGGGCCUCGUCACAAUUGACGAGGAGACUGAAGCCGUGCGUUUAGUGCAUUACACAACACAGCAGUACUUCGAGGGAACUUGUAACCGUUGGUUUCCGGACGCUCAGUCCUAUCUCGCCCAUACCUGUGUCACCUACCUCUCACUCGACGAUUUCCGGAGCGGACGUUGUCGCACAGGACGCCAGUACCGUAUCCGGGAGUCGAAGUACGCGCUCUACCACUAUGCUUCCUUGCACUGGGGCCAUCAUGCUCUAUCAGCUUCGGAGACGAGCCACACCAUCAUGAGCUUUCUUGAGAGCGACAGGAAAACCAAUGCGUCCAGUCAAGUUCUCGUGGUUGAAAAUGAUUUCUUCCAGGCUGAAGUAUUAGAUCAUACCGAAUGGGACGACGACGACUGGGACUGCCAGGACAAAGAAUGUUCGCUGGACUUGGAUACUUACGGGACAGGCUUACACCUGGCAUCAUACUUUGGGUUGAAUAUGUAUGUCGACGCCCUGCUCGGCAACUCAGCUUCAGCACCAGAUCUAGGCGAUAGGGUACGGCGGACACCACUAUCAUGGGCCGCCAAACGAGGACACGAAGCUGUCAUUACGCUGCUCCUUGCCAAGGGAGCUGACGUGGAGACGAAGGAUAUGAAUGGCCGAUCCCCCCUAUCAUGGGCCGCAGCAGAGGGACAAGACGCAGUUGUGAAGUUGUUGAUCGACAAUGGAGCCGACGUGAACUCGAAAGACAACCAGGGGCAGAUGCCUAUAUUUUUCGCAACGCUUCAUUGCCAUGAGGCAACUGUUGCGUUGCUACUUGACGAAGGGGCUGAUGUAGAAUCGGCGGCCGAAUUCGAUCACACGCCGUUGGUAGUGGCAGUUGGAUGGGGUUAUCAGGCUAUCGCCAGCCUACUCCUCCGGAGGGAAGCUCCUGUCCAGUCAGGUCAACUCCGAAACGCAGCGCUAAGUAAGGCAAUAGAAGGCCAACGGGUUGGUAUUGCAAAAUUGCUUUUGGACCAUGGAGCCGAGAUGUGCGCUGCACACCUUUUCAUGAUGUCUUCGAAGCAUUGCCGCGCCAUGGUCGAACUCCUGGUCUUCAACGGCGCUGAUAUUGAAGCAAAGGACGAACAAGGCCAAACACCUCUCUCGCUGGCCGUACGGAGAAGCUAUGCCCAAGUUUUUGGCAACGUCGAAAGGGAUGCCAAAACAAUGUCUCCCAGAGAUCGAUGUUUGGACUUGGUCAAGUAUCUGCUUGACCAGGGAGCCGAUAUAGAGACCAGAGAUGAUCAAGGUCGAACACCGCUUUCGUGGGCAGCUGAGAGAGGAUUCGUUGCUGUCGUCAAAAUGCUACUCGAGCACGGAGCAGAUGUGGAGUCGAGAGACGAACGAGGUAGAACGCCGCUAGUUCUCGCGAUCCAAGAAGGGCGUGGGAUGGCAGCUGCGCAGCUCAUCGACCAGGGUGGUGCACGCUUCGAGCCUCAUCAGUGGUACAGCGCGACCCGACUACUGUUCGCGGCUGUGCGGGGCCGAAGGAGGGCUGUCGAGAUACUUCUGGGCAAACAAAUCAACGCGGCUGGGAAGCAGGAUUCACCACUGACACUGACCAAGAACGGAGUUGCGGAUAUUGUUGAAACAUUGGUCGACAUGGGAGCUGACAUUGAUUCGCGAGAUGAACAUGCCCGAACGCCACUCUCAUGGGCUGCCAAGACGUGGGAUGAAGCCAGCAUCAAGAUUCUGCUCGACAGAGGAGCAGAUGCUGAAUCCACGGACGAGGAGGGUUGGACGCCGCUUUUGUGGGCGGUGGGGACAGAGGACGACCGAUACGUCCGACACUGCCUGGGUCCGGAUGCUGAUCCUGAUGAGCCGGGCGAUGCAGAGGAGCCAGGGAAGGCAGACUACAGAGCUGUUGUUCAGCUGCUACUUGACAACGGGGCGAACAUCGAGUCGAAAGACAGAGAGAGAGGUCGGACCCCACUGUCAUGGGCGGUAUUGCAGGGCAGCAGAGUUGCGGUCCAGGUCCUACUAGAGAAUGGGGCGGAUGUCUACGCGAAAGACAAAGCCGGCCAGGAGCCCCGGGACCUGGCAAAGGAAAACAAAUAUCGUGACGAUACCAAACUCUUGGAGUCGGCGAUGCAUCCUUAUCAGGAAGAAAUCGGACACUACUACAGUUCAAGCGUGCACUCGAGCAGCGACUGGGGCUGUCCAUGA